AUGGCGUAUGACCGUUAUGUGGCCAUCUGUAACCCGCUGCUCUAUAUAGUCACCAUGUCCAUGCAGCUUUGUAAACAGCUGGUGGCUGGGGUGUUCGCUGUGGGGUUGGUGGAUUCAAUGAUAUACGCGUGUUUUACAUUUCGCCUGUCAUUCUGCAGCUCCAACAUCAUCAAUCAUUUCACCUAUGACAUCCCCCCGCUGCUGGCGCUCUCCUGUUCUGACACCCGCAUCAAUGAGAUUGUGAUGUUUGCUUUCACCUGCUGCAUUAUAGUGAGCAGCCUUGUGACUGUCCUCCUCUCCUAUGUCUAUAUCACCUUCACCAUCCUGCAGAUCCGCUCCGCCAAGGGCCGGCACAGAGCCUUCUCCACCUGCACUUUCCACUUGACCGCUGUGGUCCUGUUUUUUGGCACCCUCCUCUUCAUGUAUUUACAUCCCACCUCCAGCUAUCCCAUGGAAACGGACAAAGUGGCCUCAGUGUUUUACACGCUGGUGAUCCCCAUGCUGGACCCCCUCAUCUACAGCCUGAGGAACAUGGAGGUGAAGGAUGCCCUGAGGAAAGCAAUGAAUAAACUCCUAACCAAUUCUUGA